UGACUUUGACACAAACGUCAUCGAAAUUCUAAUUAUCUGACAUGCGAAUUUAAUUCCCAUUUCGUCACAAUCAAAUUCUUCAGCUUUGUAUUUACAACGCUUGCUCAGCUCGCACUUUCUUUUUAGGGUUUUGUCGCCCAUCACGAGCGGAGCACUUACCGUCAGUCACUAGUCUAAUGUUUGUCUAAAAUUGACAGUUUCCAAUCCAAAUUAACACCAUGAAAAUUUGGACAAGUGAACACACAUUCAACCAUCCGUGGGAGACUGUGGCGACGGCGGCAUGGAGGAAAUACCCCAACCCCCAUAAUACGGCUGUAAUAGGGACCGAUGUGGUGGAGAGGAAGGUGGUUAAUGGGGUUUUACACACACAUAGGCUGGUUAGCUCUAGUUGGUAUUUUCCUAGAUGGGCACAAGCACUCAUAGGGUCGGCGAAAAUUUGUUACGCCAGUGAACAGUCCGAAGUCAAUCCAUCCCUGCGAUUAAUGGUACUAAAAACCAUAAACCUCACGUUCUGUCGACACAUAGCCGUCGACGAAACCCUCCGCUACACCCCCGACCCAGUCGAUCCCUCCAAAACACUCCUCAAGCAAGAAGCCGUCGUCACGGUCAAAGGCGUACCGCUCACCAACUACAUGGAAGACCUACUCACCACCAAAAUCUCCAACAACGCCGGCAGAGGGCGGGAAGCCAUGGAGUGGGUCAUCAAUAAGUUAAACGACGAAGUCAAGGAUCUCACCAGGAGUACGGACGAGAUUUUUAACCAGACCAAAAGAUCCCUGGACGGCAUAGCGAAUACGGCCAAGAAACAAAUGGACGACAUAUCGCAGAAGGCAAAAAAGAGUCUCGAUGAUAUACAUUCGUUAAGUCUUAGCUAAUUUUUUUUUUCUCUUUUUUUUUUGUUUCGUCCUUUUUAGAUAGCUAACACAAUUCUAUUAGUGCUGGAGUAAACUACACCGAGAGAAAGAUAAAGCGAGAGAGAUAUAGACAGAGAUAGAGCGAGAUUAAUCGAUAAAUGAGCUGGAAUGUAACGUGUUGCAAAUUUGUAUAACAUUUGUUUCAAAUAUACAACAAAUAUUUAAUGGAAAUUUACAUUCUGAUUCAUUACAACUGCAACUUUUUUCAAUAGACAAUACAUACUUUUCAAGAACCUUUUUUCUGUGUUCAGAUUUUGGUUCAGGAACAACGAAUUUUAGUCUGUUUAAUAGUGCUUUAAAAAGAUUUUAAACAUUAAUUUUUUGAGUUGACUAAUCAAUUUCCAUAGUCACUUGAUUAUUUUACGAUAAGAAUGGCAUAGUAAAACCGAAAAACCGCCGAUUUGAUAACUUUCAAUCUGUAAUGUUGAAUCUAGUACAGAACCUUUUUCAGGCUCAUUUUGCUGCCCCAUGGAGUUAGAACCGGAUGUAGGUUGGUGCUCUUUUUGCACCGCCAUUUUCCUCCUACUCGAUCGCCUAUUCGCUCUUCUCGACUUCUUUUAAGGCUCUUAGAAAGUUGACAGUACAGCGUUGCCAAAUUAAUUGAACCAAAUUUGACACUAACAGUAGUACCUAGACGUAACGUCACAAAGUGAAAAAAAUGAUUUUCUGAAUUUCUGAAAGUAUUUUUUAAGUUUUUAAAUUCUACUUUCGAAAUUUGACGUUACUAGAGGACGAUAUUGACAAUUAAUUGUCCUCGGGCAACAUGAUACCUUGUCUAGAUCAUCGCCAAAAUCAAAUUGGAUUCCAUUUUAGUUGCCAUCAAUCAAUUGCUUCGGAAUUUCAAUUUGGGAAAUGUAAUCUGCUCUGUUCGUGUAUUUUCCUCUGUAACAAUACUCUACGAAGUUUUUCUCUUCAUUUGGCUGGGAAUCAAAUCGAUUUUGGUCCUAAUGUGAUUCGACACCGAUAUGAAAUAUCUGCACAAAAUUAGGUAGAAUUUGACAGCCUUUUACCUGCACUUGCACAAAAUUUAAUCACACCAUUUUUCUUCGACAGUAGUAAUUACAACGUUGCCAUAAUUUUAAUUGUUUUCCUUGUAUUCAAAAUAUUUGAUAACCAAGUCAAAUGAAUUGGAAAUUUUGUAAUUUUAGUCAAAUAUCAUCCAUCAUCCACGAUUGAGUAAUUAUUUAUUUUCAUUAUUAUUGAAAAUCUAGCACGUUACCAUUUUUUUCUUGUCGUUUUAAGAUCGUAUUCGCAAAGUAUUUUAGCAUUUAAUUAAUUGAAAAGAAAAUAUAGUAAGUAAUAUUACAUAAUCAUGAACAACUG